AUGGCGGCUCGCAAUCCCGGACCUUUCCUUCAGCAGACUCCAGUGGGCUUCCCUUCGUUCACUUACCACAUCAGACGGGAUUGGAUGGCGAGAAAGGCAUUCGAAAAGAGCGAGGUGAAUACUCGCGUGUACAAGGCAGUCUAUGAGAACAUGGGGGUGAGAGGUAGCAUUCCGAUCAACAAGUAUGUUGGCCGGAAUCGGAUCCAUCUUCGCGGCAUUACAGAAGGGUAUGCCCGCGGCAACAAAAGGUGGACCCACUUGAACAAACAUGGUUUCGGCCUCGCCUACCGAGAAGGAUGGUUCAUGAAGUACGGCUUUGACCCAGAGCGGUAUCACUGA